AUUCCGCACCAGAUCCGGACCUUAUAUAAAAACCCGUAACGUAAUAUCAUUACAUGUAUGUAUUAGACCUGUAUCUCUAUAAUAUAUAACAAAAUUCUAUAUAUUUCUCCCAUUCUUCUUCAUUAACAUCGAAAUAUUUCCGUCAAAAACUCUUUCUAUUCUUCUUGAAAGGACCAUGGCGGAAUCUGAAGCCAAUCAUCAAACCACCACUGAUAACAAUUCUCUGGCACAGAGGGAUGGAGGAGAGAAGAAUGAUUUAAAAUAUCUAGAAUUUGUGCAAACUGCGGUGAUCUAUUUCAUUGUUUGUUUCUCGACUGUUUACGCUUAUGCUAAAGAAAACUCCGGUCGGUUAAAGCCCGGUGUUCAAUCCGUUGAAAGCACCGUUAAAACGGUUGUUGGACCGGUGUACGAUCGGUUUCACCAUGUCCCGGCUGACCUCCUUAAGUUCGCUGAUUCAAAGGUUGGUGACUUGCUGGCUGAGCUAAAUCGCCGCCUACCAGCGCAGAUGAAACAGCUUCCAAACCAAGCAAAUUAUGUGGUUCAUAACCUUCCGGAAGUGGCUAAAGAUUUGGCUUGUGAGGCAUUCAAAACAUCCAAAAAAUUGGGUCAUACAUUGUAUGUGAAAUACGAGCCAACAGCUAAACAGCUUUACACCGACUACGAACCUGUGGCUGAGAAGUAUGCUGUAUCAACCUGGAGAUCGAUGAACAAACUUCCAUUGUUCCCUCAAGUAGCCCAUGUAGCCGUUCCCACAGCUGCAUUCGUGAUUGAGAAGUACAACUAUAUAGUGUGUUUCACAGCUGAUAAAGGUUAUCUCGUGGCCCAAUUUCUACCGUUGGUUCCACUUGAUAAAAUUGCAAAGGUUUUCAAAGAGGGUGAGAACGAGCCACCAGCUGGACAAAGUAUUCCUGUCGAGACAUGAUUUCUGUGUUACAUAUUGCCCGCAUACGGGAUGGUCCAAUUAAGUUAGUAGUGUGAUGACCUCUUUUUGGUCUGUUUUAUGUUUUUGGCUUAUGUUCUUAUAUAUGUAGUCAGAUGGAUUUUAUGCUAGUGGGAGUAUGACCCAAGUGUAGUUUGGUUGUA